AUGGCAAAUAGUCCAGACCUUGCUCUCACAAGCCAAACAAAUUUGGAGAAACAGGCAAUAGAUAAGGAGCUUGUCAGAGGGCGUGAGUUCACAAACCAGUUGCUUCAACAACUUCGUCAUGGAUCCAAUUGUAGAGGAGAUCAAAAAUCGUUGUUAUUAGUCACAAGUCCAUUUGCUCAAGAUUUUGUCACCGAGAUUGUUAGAUCAUUCACCAACACCUUUCUGCUCUUGAACACCACCACCGAUCCUGCAGACAUUCAAUCCCAUGAUGUCUCUUUCUUCACUGAUUCUUCUUCGGAUAGGAAUAUUUCCCAUGAAUCCGGGGUUGCUGGGGAUGUGGAUGUAAAUUGCAAGAGAUUCAUCAACAGAAAAUCAGAUGACCCAAGAGACUGUUUUAAGAGAGAAAGCAGCAUACAAACAUGGGAAAGAGAUUCUCCAAUUCUGAUUGACGACGAGAAUUACUACAGGUGCAGUCACAGGCAAGAAGGUUGCUCAGCGAUGAAACAAGUUCAGAGAAUACAAGAGAAGCCUCCCUUAUACAGAACCACCUAUUUUGGCCUUCAUUCUUGCAAAAACCAUAUGCUUCCUGAGAUGACUUUGGAUCUCACUUCUGCUUCGGGUGGCUCCUCCAUGUUACUUAGCUUCAAUAACAACACUAGCUUCCACCACCCCGUUUUCUCAUUAUCAUCAUCUUCAACUAAGAAGGAUCAUGAUGAUGAUCAAGAAAACAAUAUUCCCAUUAUUCAUGAUGAUCAUGAUGUCGAUGAGGAACAAAACCACGUGUCCCAAUAUGAUGAUCAUGAUCAUAUCCCCACUCUGUUAUCCUCAACAUUGGAUAUGUUCUGUUAUCAUGAAGUGAACGAUGUGCUUUUGAUGAGGUGUUUUGAUUUCGAUGACUUCGCACGUUUUGGCAAAUGA